GUAGCCAGGAGUUCUUCACAGGGAUCUCUGGCUGAGAUACUCCAAGGGAAAGACCUCUCUCUGGGGCUGACAUCCCUCCUGGAAAGCAGCAGCAGCCAGAAGCCAUCCCUCGGUUGCCACCAGCCAUGUCGACCUCCCUGAGAGUGAGCCCGUCUGUCCAUGGCUAUCGCUUCGACACCGCUUUGCGCAAGAAAGCGGUGGCCAACAUCUUCGAGAACUUGGACCAGGAGUCCUUGGAGAAGCUCUUCAAAAACUCUGGCGACAGGAAAGCUGAGGAAAGGGCCAAAAUCCUUCUGGCCACUGACCAAGACUUGGAGGAGAAAGCCCGGUCGCUCAUGGCUUUGAAGCAGAGGACCAGAGAGAAGCUGUUCCAGUUCCUAAAGUUUGGGAAGCACUCCAUCAAAGUCCACUGAAGGACUUCUUGAGAAGGUAGGACGGGAUGGAGAGAGAGCACACCACUCCUUUGAGCCAGACCUAUUGGCUUUCUGCACAAUGGUAUCUCCAGCUGCCACCAGGACGAAGGAUGCUAGGAGAUCUUGGUGAUGCGCGUUCGGUCCCAUUUUUGGACACUCCAAAACGAGCAAUUGUGGGCUUCCCACAGUGACUUAGACACUUGAAAACUGUAAAGGGAGCCAAGGAAUUUGGCCAGAGAGCCAUAUGGACAGCAAUCCCCGAGUCACAGAGAGAAACAGCCUGUGAGACUGUCGGCCACAAUAUCUCUUGGCUGGCUGGAGCCAAGAAGAGCCUCCAAGGUUCUUGCCUCCGACAGUCUCUGUGACAAUCUUUUCUGCUACUUGUUUAUUGAAUGUGUAAAGCCUUCCUUAAGCCUCUCUCUUGUCUGCUGGGAUGAAAAGGGAUUAGAGAGUGAUCAAUGACUUUGUCUAUUUGCAUGUGUUUAAAAUGCACUAAGAGAAGGGCGCAUCAUCAUCUUUGUGGCACAACAUGCUCCAGAGAGAGGACUUGCUUUCAGGACAUCAUGAAGCAACCUUGUGUUUUCUUCUACUGUAUUCUAAAACCGGUUGCACAGAAGUUUGUGAUUUUCCUCCCUUUUCUUUUUAUAAAAGACGCUUCUUCCUGAAGUGGGAAAGUCUCUUUGGGACAUUGAGUUCUCUUGAUAUCGAAAUGCCAUUCUGAACAUGUGUUUCAAAAAGAAAAAAACACUUGUUGUGUUUGCGUGCCUUACAUGCAAUUCUUGCUGUGAAUUUAACAGGCAACAUAUGAUGUUGAUGUUUUGCAAUGAUGCUGUAUUAUUCCGGCACUAAUUUAUUGCAUAUGCUGAUCUGUGGAACAAAUAAAUUAUACAUUUGAUAGAAA